CCACUGGUUAAAGUCUGUUUCUAGGGCUGCAGUGUGUUCAUUUAGUUUCAGUCUUCAGCAGAGAGAAAUAAACCCAGCACAGAGAGAGACACAGACACACACCUGAGAGGAUGGAGGAGCCAAAUGAUGCCCUGCUCGAGAGAGCCUCCAGCUCCGAGACUGUGGUCCAGCGCGAUCGGAAAGACAAUGGUAAAGCACUGAAGGUGGCCGGUCUGACCGUGCUGGCAUGUCUCCUGCUGGCUGGUCAGGCCUUCACGGCCUACUAUGUCGUGGGACAGAAGGAUCAUCUCCAAGCUCUGCAGCAGGGUCAGGACACCCUGAAGAAGGAGCUCACUCGCAUGCUAACAGUUGCUCCUAAAAUGAUGGCAACCUCCAAGACCAACAUGCCAAUGAUGAUGGCCCUUAAUGAGAAUGGCCCAAAGCAGCGUAUACCACUCACGAGACUGCAGUCAUCCAGCUUCUCAACCCAGAAGGAGGGAAGUGGCCUUGUGGAUGAAGGCCCCAGAACGUUUCCUCGGAAGGCGAUGGUGCCCAUGAACAGCAUGCCUCUGCUCACUGAGAUCAGUGUGGACAAGCUUGAGGAGGAGGCCAAGACCACUGAACUUCCUGCUGCCGUGCUUGAGACUAAGUGUAAGCUCGACGCUAAGGACAUCAAACCAGGCUUCUAUCAGCCACAGUGCGAUGAGGAGGGCAACUUCAAACCCAAGCAGUGCUGGCACAGCACUGGCUAUUGCUGGUGUGUGGAUAAGAACGGCAAGCAGAUCGAGGGAACUCUGACACGCGGUCCUCUGGAUUGCGGCAAUGUCAACUAAAAGGUUGGUGAGAUUCUUUUACCAUGUGACAUCAAAAUACAUCACACAUUGUACAUAAUGUUACUAAUGUUUAAUUUCAUUGUUAAACCCUACAUGGUGUAGGCACGUAUUUUGUUGUUAGUGCUUCUAACCCACUUUCUUUUCUCCUUCUUAUUCCAGGCUGAAGCAAGCAGAAUGGAGCAAUGGGGGUUGAAAUCCUACAUCCUAAAUCAAACAGAGACUCUCAUUAAAAAUCAGAUACUAUUAGCUCUCCUGUCUAGUAUCCAUCUCUUAUCUGACUCUUUAUUUCACAGUAGAUUUGAGAAAAGUACUGCUUGACGAUUACAAAUAAAUUGAUUUAGCAUCUCAUUCUGUUUUAUUCUAUUUAGACUAGAUGUUUAUUGCUGAUUACUGUUACAUUCAUAAUGGUUGCUACAUACUGGCACAUUAUGCUCAUGUGGCUAUAUUAACUUCUAUGUUUAUAACUGAUUUGCCUAUUUUAAUUUUUUUUUAACUUAAGGCAUGAUUGGAGAUGGCAAAAGACUGUAAGAUCUGGAUCUAUGAAUCAAAAGGAAUGUAUUGUAAAUAAGUGGCCUUCCAAUAAACCAUGCCUCCCUGUCCUAAA